GAUUCAAAAAGGAAAGUGAGAUGGGUUGUGGUAGUUCUCUUGCCUUUAUUGGUAAUAAGACGCUGCCAGUGGGGAAGGUUUCCCCCCGUUCUAUCAAUGGAGUCCUCACAGACGUCAAUGAGCAAAAAAAAGACGACGUUUCAUUGCCAUUAACAGUUGGCUAUCUUGACGAUGAUAACAGUUGUCCCGUCGAAAGCUAUGCAGACUAUUCUGGUUAUGUCACAACAUUUGCCGGCGGUACUAGUAAGAAAAGAGCUGACGUUGUAUGUAUGUGGUUGGAUUGUGCGCUGUCGACGUUGGAUAAAGAAGGAGGGGUAUUUUUCGAUCCGGAAAACUUGAAUGUAUGGCCGAUUGAUCUACUUGUCAAAUAACUUAAGGUCCCCCCCAAAUCAUAUUGUGACCGUAAUAGUGAUUUUUUUUCCUAAGAAUUGCUUUGUGAUGUGUAAAAAAUUAUAAAAAUGUACGUUAGAAAAAUCUCAAAAAUCUAACGUGCAGCGUUUCUCCCGUUACACUAAGUCUAUAUCUGACGUGAUUUUAGAUGCCUUGAGGCGAUGUGGCAUAUGUGUACACGAAUAGGAAAUGUGUGAAAUUUUGUACUUCGUUAAGGUUUAUGCUUUAUUAUAAUUGCCCUGAAACUUAGUAGCUUUUACUUUUAAUCUUUAUGGUCUUAUUGGAUGAUCUCAAUGGAAUUGAAUUAUUUUCAAUAGUACACAUGUACAGGUCUUUUAUGUAAAAGAAAUAUGCUGGAAAAUGGAAUACUGCUUAGCUUUAUAUUAAGUUUAAAAUUCUCAUGACGUCAAAAGUCAAUGAAAAACUACGAUAAAAAACUCCUUGUAAACCUGAGGCACAACACCAA